AUGAAGAUGCAACCAAAAUCAGUGGAAAAAUUGGUCACCAAACUGUUGACAUCGUACGGUUUGCAAGGCGACGAAGUGGCUCCGAAUCUGGCUCGUGCAAGGCAGGAAGGGUCGUUGCGUUAUAUCGUUUAUAAUCGUUUCGUGGAAAAGAAUAUGUCCGAAGAAAGUUAUACGGACUACGUGGCGAAUAUCAGAGUGGGUAAAUGUUUAGUCGAAGAUUUGUCUGGUUCAUUAAAUAGUACUGAAUCAGUAGGUUAUAGUGGCUACAAUUUUGCUGAGCAAGCGCUCAAAGAUGAUCGGCAUCUGCAACGUUAUAUGGUGAAAUAUUUGAAUAGAGUUGGUCGACAAGAUGAUGCAAUACGAUGGGUAGUUUAUUGUAAAAUGGAUAAACGUGAUGUGCCGUAUUCAGUUCAGGAAUUGUUAACAGAGACGAAAAUUCGUGAAGCUGAAGAUAAAAUAUCAAAGUGA